UCGCUGCUUAUAAAUGUUCUGAUCGAUGAUUAAAUUUGUUGUGAACCAGCGACUAUUUUUCAGAAUCUGAAACAAACCCUGGUCCAUGUGCUGACCGGUCAGUGAACAUUAAAUUGUAUUAUGACAUUUCAUUAAUUAAGUAUUCAGAGUUUUUAAUUUUGUUGAGAAAGUGUUUAUUAAUAUUAGAUCAACUAUGUUGGGUCAUUCAAUCAAAGUAUCAAAUAAAGCCCUAGGUUUCAAAUUUUUGGGAUCAUGUCCGCGUGUGAAAAAUUUUUCUACACAAGCUAAUCCUCUUCCUAGUCAAAGUGAAUCGGAAACUCAAUCUAUGAAUCCAAAUGAUAUUCCAUCAAUUGAUCCACUAAAACAUCCAGAUUUUUUUGGAGUACAUCAACUGUUUACUGUAAAAGAUUUAUUCGAUGCACGAGUACAUUAUGGGCAUAAAAUAGGAUCGCUUGAUGAUAGAAUGAGACCAUUUUUAUUUGGAUCACGACUUGGUCAUCUCAUAUUUGAUCUUGAUAAAACAGCUGUUUUAUUACGUGAAGCACUUAAUUUUACCGCUCAUAUUGCAUUUCGUAAUGGGAUUAUUUUAUUUGUCGCUCGCAACCCACAAAUAACGCAUUUGGUUGAAAAAACAGCGAUCGAGUGCAAAGAAUUUGCUCAUACACGUUUUUGGAAAGAUGGAAUAUUCACAGAUUCGACAAAAAAGUAUGGAGCUGUAACACGACUUCCGGAUUUGUGUAUUUUAAUGAAUACACUCAAUGACGUUCUUCAUCAGAGUAAUGCAGUACGUGACAGCGCUAAGAUGUGUAUACCUACUGUAGGAAUUGUUGACACUAAUUGUAAUCCAAAUUUAGUGACUUAUCCAGUUCCUGGUAAUGAUGAUACGCCAGUAGCUAUUGAAUUAUAUUGUAAAUUAUUUAAACAAGCUAUUUUACGAGGCAAAGAGGCGCGGUCUAAGUUGGCUGAUAUGCUGCCGCACUAAAAACGUUUUUUUAAAUUUAUUAUAUUCUUUUUUUUAUUAAUGUAUAUAAUUAUAUAAAAUUUAUAACAAUAGUAUGAAAAAUAUUA